AUGUGGACCUCGACGCUGAACGUGAACUUUCUCAGGGCUUUCCGUCUUCUGUGCAUUUGCCGGAGCUCACGCAUGGUGACCUCUGUUCCAGAACUCCGCGUGCUGCUGGUGGCGUUGAAGGCCUCCAUGAGGGCAUUGGUUGUUGCUGCUGUGUUUCUCCUGUUCAUUCUCUUUCUGUGGGCCAUCGUUGCAGUGGAAACCCUACACCCGUUGCUGUCCUCGUCGCACGCGUCCGACGAUGCGUUGGCCUUCGAGGAUGUGUGGAAGGCAGCGGUGACCAUUCUGCUGCAGAUGGGGGGAUGGAUCCAGGAGGAUUUCGGAGACGUUGUGCUUGAUGCGCCAUGGACGGCUGCCAUUUUCUUUGGGAUUUUGGUGAGCAUCCUGGACUGGGAAAAGACUGAAAAGCAAUUUUUGGCUGAGCGCAAAGAUGAAGAAUCCGUGAAGGGAAAGAAGAAAAGCAAGGAAACCUUGAAGAAGGACAACAAGACCGCCGAGAAAGCUGCACCAGCUGAGUCGAAGCCUGAACCCUUGAAGAAGAAGGACAACAAGACCGCCGAGAAAGCUGCACCAGCUGAGUCGAAGCCUGCAGCUGUGGCUUUGCUGCUCAAGGGGGAACCCUUGAAGAAGAAGGACAACAAGACCGCCGAGAAAGCUGCACCAGCUGAGUCGAAGCCUGCAGCUGAAACUUUGAAGAAGGACAACAAGACCGCCGAGAAAGCUGCAGUUGCUGAGUCGAAGCCUGCAGCUGAAACUUUGAAGAAGGACAACAAGACCGCCGAGAAAGCUGCAGUUGCUGAGUCGAAGCCUGCAGCUGAACCCUUGAAGAAGAAGGACAACAAGACCGCCGAGAAAGCUGCACCAGCUGAGUCGAAGCCUGCAGCUGUGGCUUUGCUGCUCAAGGGGGAACCCUUGAAGAAGAAGGACAACAAGACCGCCGAGAAAGCUGCAGUUGCUGAGUCGAAGCCUGCAGCUGUGGCUUUGCUGCUCAAGGGGGAAACCUUGAAGAAGGACAACAAGACCGCCGAGAAAGCUGCAGUUGCUGAGUCGAAGCCUGCAGCUGUAUCUUUCCUGCUCUAG